AUGGACAUCUCAUGCGAAAUAGAAGAAUGCAAAACUAGAGAGCAGCAGAAUAGCAAGCGAUCAGCCAAAGCAUGCUGGGGAACGGUUUUCAGCGAUCUCGGAGCACUUAUGUCCAUUGCACUCCCAAUGCUUAUGUACUUCACUUUCACUAAGAACGAUUUCGACACAAGUCCUCUUCUCAAGGUGGUCAUGUUGCUUUUCCCCUGCUCAUACUCAGCAGCAGGAUACUUUCUUCUCUGUUACAGCAGUAGGACAGCACACCAUAAAACCGGCAUACUUUACCACCUUCUCAAUGUUCUUCUUGUUACAUUUGCAGCUAUUUCUAUCCUUUCAAUCAUUGUACUUCCUAUUGAAAAAUGGAGCAAGCGUCUUCUGGGUGUCUACUCUAUGCCUUCCUCUUCGUUUGUCGUAUCACUUACCUACCUACUGUAUACCUCUUGUGAUCUUACAACCGCCUCAUUCACAGACACUGGCAUCACAGCCUUUGUAGAACUACUGUCAUUGCUAUUCCUCAUGUCGUAUCCAAUAUUCCUGACUAGAAAUCCUGAAUAUUACCCUUACCUCUCCAUCAUCUCUGCUAUUCUGAUUCUGGCAAGAUCGUUCAAGGAAAAAUACUUUCCAAACAAAAAGACUUCUGAGUCUGUUGUAAGAUGGAGAUUACUUAUCUUUUUCGUCAUUCUUGGCUUUACUACAUUUUCCUAUAUAAUGGCUGGUCUUUCAUGCUUACACAUCAUCAAAGAGAAGUGCGAAAACUUUGCCGGCAAUCAACAGAUUCUAAAUAAAUAA